UCUCCCUUUUCUGUAACCGAACAGCUGCGGAGGAAACCCUACAAUUCUUCCGAUUCCUUUAUUUCCACUCUCUGCACCUCGUUUUUAUCACUUCUAAAUUUACCCGCCAUUUCACCACCUUCACCGGUAAGAUCCCGUCUGUUGAAUCCCCGCCGGAGGACCGUCACAAGGACCCUCUCGAUGCUAUGAUGCGUAUUCAUUGAUAAAGAGAGAAAAUUUUAUCGUAUCAAUGGAUGGUCAUGAACCUGAUACAUCAAGUUAUGUACAGAAAGAGGUUGUAGAGAAUGAACUCCAAGCUUCACCUGCAGUAGAACCAGAUGUGGAGCAGGAGCAUCCUGGCUCAGAAGCUUCUUCUGUUGAAAAGAGCCUGGGGUUUAUUCAGAGUGAGCAUGAUAGUCAGACCCGUGAAGCUGGUUCUUCUAAUGACAGAAGUAGGGUGGAAGUUGAUGGCGAGGACUGUGACAGUCCAAAAUCGUCCUCUGUUAAUCAGAGUGAGACACACUUUGAAGAUGAUCUGGAGUCUCAAAGCCCAAAUGUUUCCCUUGUUGAUGUGUCAGGGAGUAGUGAUGCAUUGAAAGAGGAGGAAGAAGGGUACGUGGUUCCCAAAGUUGGCAUGGAAUUUGAAACAGAGGAUCAUGCCUACAAGUGUUACAGUAGAUAUGCUGUUCUAGAAGGUUUUAGCAUUAGGAAAGAUUUUGUAAAUAAAAGUAGGAUAAAUGGUGAUGUAGUGUCCAGAAGAUACACUUGUUAUAGGCAAGGUUAUCGACCUCCCAAACAUAUUGCAAAUGUGAGGAAACCCCGACAUGAAACAAGAACUGGUUGCUUGGCACAUAUGACCAUUGCUCGCCAACCCAAUGGAAAGUUCCGUGUUACACGUUUUGAAACACAACACAAUCAUGAGUUUGUAACCCCAUCUACAGCUCACAUGUUGCCAUCACAGAAGAGGUUGACUUUUGCACAAGCAGUUGAAGCUGAUUUGGCCAAAGGUUCUGGUAUGGAUGGGGUGCCAAAACUUGGAAUGGGCUUUGAUUCAGAAGAUCAUGCAUAUGAAUUUUACAAUGCAUAUGCUGGGCGAGUAGGUUUUAGUGUUAGAAAAGAUUAUGUGAAUAGGAGUAAGAUAGACGGUGCUGUGGCAUCUAGGAGGUUCACUUGUUUUAGAGAAGGUUUUAGGCAGAAAGACAAUCGAGAUUUGAAUGUGAAGAGACCUCGUAAGGAAACAAGAAUUGGAUGUAUGGCUCAGCUGGUCAUUUCUCGUCAAUCAGAUGGUAAAUAUCGUGUCACACAUUUUGAAGAACAGCACAAUCAUGAGCUUGUUGCUGCAUGCAGGGUUCGCACAUUACGUUCGCAAAAGAGAUUGGCUACAGCUCAAGUUGAAGGGAAUGGGGUAGAUGGUUCUACAACACAGCCAAAAUUAGUCUCGGAGUUAUUAUGCAACAGAGUAGGAGAUCAGGAUGCCCAUGGGUAUCAACCCAUUAAUUCCAAUAGUAAACUACCUUUCAAACAAAUGAGAGAUAUGAAAGAGGGGGAAGCAGAAAGGUUGCAGCAAUAUUUUCAGAGUAAGCAACUAAAAAACCCUUCUUUCUUCUAUUCUAUGCAACUUGAUGCUGAUGAUCAGAUAACUAACAUAUUUUGGGCUGAUGCAAAAAUGUUAAUGGACUAUAAUGACUUUGGGGAUGUGGUUUGCUUUGAUACAACCUGCAGACUGUACAAAGAUUGUCGUCCAUUUGUGGCAUUCAUUGGGGUGAAUCAUCAUAAGCAAAUGAUGGUCUUCAGUGCUGCUUUCUUAUAUGAUGAAACGAUUGAGUCUUACAAGUGGCUCUUUCGAACUUUCAUAGAGGCAAUGUCUGGAAAGAAGCCCAAGACAAUCCUCACAGAUCAAGAUGCUGUACUUGCUGAAGCAAUUGAUUCAGUGUUUCCUGAUAUACACCACCGAAUAUGUGUAUGGCAUGUGUACCAACAUGCACUUAAACAGUUGAAUCACAUGUUUGUGGGUUCAGGUUCAUUUAUAAAUGACUUGAGCAGUUGCUUUUUUGAGCAUGAGGAAGAUGAGCCUUUCAUUAAUGCAUGGAAUGGUAUGUUGGAUGCAUAUGGUCUGUGGGAAAAUGAAUGGUUGCAUCAGAUGUUUAAAGAAAGAGAGAAAUGGGCCAUAGCUUAUGGAAGGCACAUUUUUUGUGCCGACAUCAGAAGUGUGCAACUUUGUGAAGGUUUUACUGCUAGCUUGAGGAAAUAUCUAAAGUUUGAUUUCGAUGUUCUUUCAUUUUUCAAGCAUCUUGGGAAAAUUUUGAAUGAUUGGCACUACAAAGAGUUAGAAGCUAAUUAUGAUAUGAGUCAGCGAUUGCCAAUACUGAUGGGGGAUGUGAUUCUCUUGAAGCAAGCAAGAGAUAUAUACACUCCGAAGAUAUUCGAAUUACUGCAGCAAGAAUAUGAAACCUCUUUGAAUAUUGUCAUUAACCAGUGCACUGAGAAUGGAUCUAUGUUUGAGUACAAAGUGAGCAUAUACGGGCAACAACAAGAAUAUACAGUAAGUUUCAAUUCAUCUGAAGAGAUUGUUGCUUGUGAGUGUAAGAAAUUUGAGUUUAUGGGAGUUUUAUGCAGUCAUGCAUUGAAAGUUCUUGACUUUAGGAAUAUCAAGAUGCUUCCGAGCCAAUACAUCUUGAAGAGGUGGACUAGAGAUGCGAGGAUUUGACAUUUUAUUUACAUUUCAUCCAACCACAAUUUGUUGACAGUAGCAAGAAAUAACAUAUCUGACCAGAAUCCUCUUAAUUACUUCCUAUGGCUACUGAUCUAAGAAAACUUGUGUAAAUAGAGAACAGCCUGUUCGGGAUAUUGUAUUAAUACUGUACCCCAUCCUGAAUGACUACCAUUGAGCAUGAGAGGAUAAAAAGCUCUUCAAUUUUGCUUUAAUCUCCUUCUCUCUCUUUCCCUUUCCCUUUCCCUGUACUUUUUCUUCUUCUUUUUUUAUUUUUCUUAAUUUUUUUUUUCAUAUCCUUGUGUUUGUAAAGAAGUGAAUGCCCUGCAUUAUCAUAACCUUUUUUCCUGACGAAUUUAGGGCUCUAUUGCAGCUUA